AGAUGGCUGCUCCCAUUCGCGAUGUUAAUCGCACUCUCAAGGAUGCACUUUUUGAAACAUUAACUUCUAUUUUAUCACCUAUUCAUGAUGUUCGAAUCAGUGCAGAACAACAAAUUAGUGCCCUUGAAGUGACUGAUGAAUUUGCUGUCCAUUUGACAGAAUUAAUGUUAGAUCAGCAUGCACCUCUUGCAAUACGACAGCUUGCUUCUGUUCUCCUACGGCAAUAUGUUGAGUCCCAUUGGUCCAGAGCUGCUGAAAAGUUUAGACCACCUGAAACUACCGCAGAGGCCAAAGUUGCUGUACGAAAUAUGUUGCCAAUGGGCUUACUUGAAUCUAUUAGUAAGUUGAGAUCAAGUGCUGCAUAUGCUAUAUCAGCCAUAGCUCAAUGGGAUUGGCCAGAAGAAUGGCCUGAACUGUUCGACAUACUGCUUAGAAGCCUUGUUAGCGAAAAUAGCUGUGCUGUGCAUGGAGCCAUGAGGGUGCUGAAAGAAAUUUCCAAUGAAGUGUCGGAUUCACAAAUGCCACAAUUUGCUCCUGUUAUUCUUCCAGAAAUGUUGAAAAUUUUCUUACAUGAUGAGAAAUAUGGAAUUCGAACGAGAGGUAGAUCUGUAGAAAUCUUUUCUACUUGUGCUGAAAUAAUUGGGUCAAUGGCUCCAUACAAUAAGUCUGCUCCAAAGACUCUGCUGUUUCCUAUUUUGACUCCAUUCACAGAAGCCUUAGUAAGUGCCUUAAAAACACCUGAUGGUCAUACCUCUGAUGGUGGCUUGAAAAAGGAUAUCUUAAAUGCAUUGCAAGUGUUGGUGAAAUAUUUUCCCAAACAAAUGGGCCAAUGGUUGCCUCACAUAUUAGCACCUGUAUGGAAUUCCCUCACAUCAAGUGCAAAUACUUAUGUCCAGACUGUAGUUAAUGUUUCUGAAGAAGCAGACAAUCCUGUGGACUCAGAUGGUGAAGUUCUUGGUUUUGAAAAUCUAGUAUUUAGCAUAUUUGAAUUUAUAAAUGUUUUAGUAGAGUCUUCCAAGUUCAGAAAUUAUAUUAAAGAUGGGAUGACAGAUUUAAUUUACUACAUUUUAUUGUAUACACAAAUAACUGAGGAGCAGAUGAAAUCUUGGAGUAGUAACCCAGAUCAAUUUGUUGAAGAUGAAGAUGAUGAUACUUAUGCUUACUCUGUUAGAAUAUCAGCACAGGAUUUACUCAUGUUACUAGCCCAAGAGUUUGAAGACAAAUGUUCUAUGAGCUUAUGUGCUGCUAUAACUCGACAUAUACAUGAAGCUAACAAGAAUUCAAAUCCUAAUUGGUGGAAAAUACAUGAAUCCUGUAUGCUUGCUUUAGGGAGUGUUAAAGACCUCAUCAUAUGUGGGAUUCAGGGAAACCACUUACAGUUUGAUAUGCAGGGAUUUAUUCAUUCAGUUGUAGUAGAAGAUCUUAAUACUGCAGAAUCACCAUUCUUAUUUGGUAGAUGCCUUUGGUUUGCUAGUAGAUACAGUAAAAUGAUGACUGAAGAUUUAAUGAAGAGAUUUUUACAAGCCACUGUAAGUGGAUUGCAACCUACACAACCCUCCACUGUUCGUGUUUGUGCUGUAAGAGCUGUUUGGGGAUUUUGUGACCACUUGAAAGGUACCGAUCAAGUUAGCAUAUUGGGGCCUUAUUUAGCUCCCAUGUUAGAAGGUCUCAUCUCUUUAGCAAUUCAAUUUUCUUCUGAAGUGCUUGCUUUGGUAUUAGAAGCCAUUUCCAUUAUCAUUACAAUUGAUCAGAAUUUCACAGCUGAAUAUGAAAAUAAAGUAUCUCCAAUUGCGAUAGCUGUUUUCUUGAAGCAUAAUAGUGAUCCUGUGUUAAUAACAAUUGCGGAGGAAAUAUUCAAGCAGUUGUGUAAAACUCCUGGAGCCAGAGAUCACUUGCAGCAUCGUCUUAUUCCUACUCUCGUGUCAAUACUGCAAUCACCACCUAACAAAGUGCCUAUCGGUUUGCAAGCUGCUUCCUUGGAUGUAUUAGAAACUAUUGUCCGCAGUAGUCCUAGCCCUCUUGUUCCUGCUAUCAUCCAGCAAGCAUUCCCUGCUGCUGUUCAUUGUAUUAUGCAUACAGAUGAUAACACAAUAUUACAGAAUGGUGGAGAGUGUUUACGAGGCUUUGUUUCUGUUGCUCUUGAACAAGUUACUACUUGGUGUGAUGAAUCUGGUAAUAGUGGUUUAGACUACAUCUUCAAUGUUGCUCAACGACUUCUCGAUCCCAAGACUCCUGAAAGUGCUUCUGCAUUUGUUGGACGCCUUACUUCUUUGCUUAUUGCCAAAGCUGGUUCAAUGAUUGGAGACAAAAGCGAGCUUCUCUUACGUGCAGUACUAAGUAAGAUGCAACAGGUGGAAGCUCUAAGUGUCAAUCAGAGCUUAUUGAUGGUGUUUGCUCAUCUUAUCAAUCAUCAAAUUGAUCCCGUGCUGGAUUUCCUUAGUGGAGUGCCAGGCCCAGCAGGAGAAUCAGCAUUAGAAUUUGUCAUGUCUAUCUGGUGUCAAUGCCAUCCUUUAUUUUUUGGAGCUUAUGAAAGAAAAGUCAGUGGUUUUGCUCUUUCUUUAAUUCUCCAGCAUGGCUUAAAAGGAAAUGAUCAGAGGUUACAAAACAUUCAAGUCAUGGGAGACCAAAUAUUUAAUCAUACUCAGGGACCCAAGACUCGCUCCAAAGCUCAGCAAGAACCUGAUCAGUGGACAAAAAUACCACUUUUUGUCAAAAUCUAUAAACUAUUAGUAAAUGAUCUGUCCAACUUGUGUGAUCAAGGAAUUGACCAUGAGGAGGAAGAUUCAUCUGAUGAUGAACUAAUAGAUGGCUGUGAAAAUAAUGGUGAAAGUUUGUUGGAUAGCACUUCAUCGGGAAUUUCUUUUGGUGCCGCUUUUUCAGAUUACGAAUUAGAGAGAGAAGAACUUGAGGAGGAUCCUGAUAUUGCAUCUGAUCCUAUUCAUUCUGUCAAUAUGAAAGCGUACCUUAUGGACUAUUUACAGCAAUUGAUGCAGCUUCCUUUUUAUUGCAGCUUCAUCGAGCACCUCACUCCUUCAGAAAGGACUGCUCUCAGGGAUUUAGGGCUGGUCCCUGCCUAAGUUUAUUAGUGCUCAAAAUAUGUAAAGAUUUAUUUUUCUGUAAACAAAACAACAUACCACAAAAAAAAAAGUCAGGUUUUCAAGUAUAAAGAGCAGCCAACAGUGGUCCAUUUGUUACAUGUAAUAUAAAUUGUGUACAAAAUUAUAUUUUGUUGCACUUGAAUGAAACAUUCCUCUGAAACUUAUUUGGAGUGAAUAAAUUGUUCAGGUAUUUC